AAACAAUUUUUUCUCUCUCUCCUCUCGCUUUCAUUUAGUGUACCCAGCUUCGAUCGCUGUAAAUUUUUUUGAUCCUUCUAAUUCACCUUUUUUCUACUUAAAUUCCCUUUCUCUUUUUUUCUUUUUUUCUUCUCACUCGCAAAUAUAAAUUUACGCUUUAUUUCAUUAUUAAAAAAACGAUGGACGACAACCUGCUAGACAAACAGGCGACCUUUCUCACGCUCGACCUUGAUGACCGUCUGCUGCGCGCGCUCGGUCGCAUGGGCCUCGUUCAUCCAACGCUUGUGCAAUCCAGCACCAUUCCCCUGGCCCUUUCCGGCAAGGAUAUCCUGGCGCGCGCCAAAACCGGCUCCGGCAAGACCGCCGCCUACUGCCUCCCCGUCCUACACAAGAUUCUCGCGACAAAAGAUGCCCUGCCCCAAACCAGCAGCUCCCGGCGACUCACCCGUGCACUGAUCCUUGUGCCCACUCGCGAGCUCGCCGAGCAAGUGACCAAGUACCUUGCAGACCUUACUUUGUUCUGCGGAAAGGACAUAGUCUGUGUAAAUAUCGCCGGGAAUACGCCGCUGCAUAUCCAGGCUCCACUACUGGCGGAGCUGCCGGAUAUUGUGGUGGCUACGCCGGCGCGCGCACUGAAGCACAUGGCGGGUACCUUGGACUUGAGAGCGCUGGAGACUCUGGUUAUUGAUGAGGCCGAUCUCGUCUUGUCCUUUGGCUACGAGGAUGACAUCCGCGGGAUCAUCAAGGCACUGCCGCGCAUCCACCAGUCUAUGCUCCUCUCUGCCACGCUUAACCGCGGCGUCGAAGCCCUCAAGGCCCUGGUGCUUUCUUCCCCCGCUAUCCUCAAGCUCGAGGAUGACCAGGAGGAGGCCGCCAAGCUUGUCCAGUACGUUGUGCGGUGCUCGGAGGAGGAAAAGUUUCUCUUGACCUAUGUCAUUUUGAAGCUCAAGUUGAUCGCUGGAAAGUGCAUCUUGUUUGUCAAUGACAUUGAAAGGAGCUACCGGUUGAAGCUGUUUUUGGAGCAGUUUUCCAUCAAGGCCUGUGUGCUCAACUCGGAGCUGCCGCUGAAUUCAAGGUACCAUAUUGUCGAAGAGUUUAACCGCGGCGUCUACGACUAUAUUAUUGCCACCGAUGAGAGCGACAAGAUGGGCGAGGCCGACAACGAAGCCGAGGAGGAGAAGGAGGAGGCGCAGGUUCAGGUACAGGGGGCAAUGGAGAUCGACCAGGAGACAAAGCCCGAGCCAGAAGCAACCGAGGCAACCAAAGCAGCCGAAGGUACCGAGGAUGGCCACAAACUUACUGCCGAGGACAAGCUCAAGAAGAAAAAGAAGGCUGCCAAAAAAACCUCCAAGAAGCGCAAGGCGUCGCAAGACAAGGAGUACGGAGUCUCCCGCGGAAUUGAUUUCAAGGGUGUCGCCGCCGUUAUCAACUUUGAUUUCCCGCCAUCUGCGCGCUCCUACACGCACCGCGUUGGACGCACGGCUCGUGCCGGCCGCCGCGGCAUGUCCCUUUCGCUGAUCACCUCCGAGGACAUCAAGUCGCCGUCGGCCAAGCACCACCAAAAGGAAGAGGCCGUUUUCGAACGAGUCAUCCUGCAGCAGAGGAAGAAGUCCGCCGAAAUCCUGCCGUACAAGUUCGAUAUGAAGCAGGUGGAAGGCUUCCGCUACCGGUCUACCGACGCCCUUCGCCUGGUCACUCGCACGGCCAUUCGCGAGGCGCGCAUCAAGGAGAUUAAGCAGGAGAUAUUGAAUUCCGAUAAACUCAAGGCUCAUUUCGAAGAUAAGCCGAGGGAUUUGCAGUUUUUGAGACACGAUAAGGCACUGCAUCCGAGCCAGAUUAUGCCCCAUAUGAAGCAUAUUCCUUUGUAUUUGGUCCCCAAGAUCGCAGGAAUUGCUCAGGCGGAUGGCGUGGCGACGGCACCAGAUAUUGGGUUUGUACCGUUUAAUAAGGAUACGAAGAGGAAGAGGAUUUAUAAGAAGAAGGGUGGGAAGAAGGGCGGUGAUCCGCUGAAGAGCCUGGGAAAGAAGCGUCGCAAGUAAAAAAAAUUAUAUUUAUAUUUAAAAUAUUGGUAUUGUUUAUUUCUUUUUUGAUUUCAUUUUACCAAUAAUAAAGCCC